UCCGUCCAAUAUUAUUGUCAACAAAGCAACAAACUAGUCUCCAUUUACUAGAUUUUGGAUUAUUUCUAUUUUCCAUCACUCCAGAAAACAAAACCGUCAAAAUAGGUACCCGUUUGCGAGAACACCACGAAAACAAGACCAAUAUGAUUUAUAUCGAUGACUCAGAGCCGGAAGGUGAAUUGGAACCGGCAUUUCCUUAUCGCGAUGUGCAAAUACAAAGAGAUGUGGAUGCCCAUGCCUUGUAUGACAUACUCGGAGAGGUGGGAAGGGGAAAAUUCGGUGUGGUCUACAAAUGCCAGGACAAAAGCAAUGGCCUCAAGUUGGCUGCCAAAUUUGUGCCCACGCCCAAAAAAGAGGAUCGCCGCAAUGUCGAACGGGAAGUGGAAAUUAUGAACUCCCUGCAGCACCAUUUGAUCACACAGCUCUAUGCCGCCUAUGAACACAACAAAAUGAUGUGUGUCGUGCAAGAAUUAGUAGAAGGAGGUGAGCUCUUUGAUCGUGUGGUGGACGAUGAGUUCGUGUUAACGGAGCGUGUCUGUGUGGUUUUUAUACGUCAGGUGUGUGAGGCCAUGGAAUUUAUACACCGCAACAAUAUCCUGCAUCUCGAUUUGAAACCUGAAAAUAUUUUGUGUCUAACCCAGGAGGGUAAUCGCAUCAAAAUCAUUGACUUUGGUUUGGCGAGGAAAUUUGAUCCGAAUAAGAAAUUACAGAUACUUUUUGGUACACCGGAAUUUGUGGCUCCUGAAGUUGUUAACUUUGAUUGCAUCUCCUAUGGCACGGAUAUGUGGAGUGUGGGAGUCAUCACAUAUGUUCUAAUUUCUGGUCUCUCACCGUUUAUGGGCGAAACCGACAUUGAAACCAUGGCCAAUGUAACCAUAGCCAAAUAUGAUUUUGAGGAUGAAUCCUUUAGCAGUGUCUCACCUGAAUGCAUCGAUUUCAUAUCGAAAUUAUUGGUAAAAGAUUUGGAUACCCGCAUGACCGCUGCCCAGUGCCUGAAACACAAAUGGCUACAGAGACGCCCAAAAAGUCCACCCAAAGUCUCACCAAAACCCCUGACAAUACCAGAGGCCUCACUCAAGGCCGCCACACCCUCACCCAUACCGCCCAGCAUUGAUGGCGAUCACAGUUCGGAGGCCAGCAAUGAGAAUGAGGAGAGUGGGUCUUUGACGGGGACAAAGGAGCUGGAUUCAACAAAAGAUAAUCUGAAAAACUUCAUAGAACGCUGGGAGGAACAUCCGAACAGUCCGUAUGUUUUCGAUGUCGAAGGAAAUGUCAUAGCCCCGCUCAGCGAGUCAGAGUACAAGAAAGUGAAGGCUCAUGGCCCCGACAGCAUAUCAUCGUCCAGAGUCUGCUCUCCAUCGCCCUGCGAAUCCCUGGACACGGUCACCGAUGACGAAUCCUAUUUGUCCGAGUUCAAUAACAUCGAUGAACCCCCCACACCCAUUAAUGAGUCACGUGAACAUUUGUUCCCCACCUCGGCCAGUGGCGCUGCCACUCCCACUCCUCAGAGUUUCAAUAUGGCCAAUCCCUUCAGCAGCAGGGUUGAUGAGCUAAACGGCUCGACAAUGAAUUUGCAGCAACGCUCUCUCAAAUCCUAUCUUCAUACAUUCGAUCGUCGUAAUUCGGAUACCAAUUAUUUGUUGGGACGCCGAUCGUCGGGUGAGCGUGUCAAUUUGGCUGAUGAAAUUAAAAAACUCUCCGAUCAUCUGCUGAUGUUGGCCCAAAUCAAUACGAAAUUCAAUAAGGAGGCGGCAGGAGAAAAGGAUGCGGAGGAUGAAGGAACAGAAAACGAGAAGGAGAAGAAACCCAAAACCAAAAAGGGCACCGGGGAAAAGAAGAAGACCUCACCCAAGACCUCGGAGAGUGAGAAAGCUACAAAUACAAAAGAGAAAGAAGGCAAAACCUCGGCCAAGGCUGGCAAAACUUCAACAACAACAACUACCUCAAAGAAAACCCUGGAAGGUUCAGUGACCUCCAACAACACCACAACCACCAGCACCAAUACCACUUCAACCUCCACCACCAACAAUUUCUUCAGCAACCUCAAUCCCGGCAAAAGCCGAACCAGCAAUCUGUCCUGGCGCCUACAACAGUCCAUUGAGGAGACACCCAAAUUGAACAGCAACAGCACCUCACGAAAGUCUUCGGUCAGCACCAUGACAACUGGUAAUGCCAAAAACUCAUCGUCCGCCGAUCGUUUCCAAGAGGCGGCCAGCAUAAAACGUGCCAAAUUCCGCAUCAGUCAAAUGAGUCGCGAUGUCCCUGUCGGCCUGCCCAAUACACAUCAGGCAGUGAAUUUGGAAGAGGCUGCCAAUAAUACCAAAGAUUGUUUGCUACAUCUGCUCGAAAAAUACAAUGAGUCAAAGACCCGCAAUCCGCUGGGCAGGCAUCAAAGUAUUGGGGCCAUCGAUUGGAAUGUUAGCGACAAUUUGGAAUAUCGUUCGAUGAGCUCCAUUAAUGCCUUCUUUCAGCGUCACAACAACAGGGGAAAUAUGGUUAAACAAUUGCAGCAGCAACUCAAGGAAAAGACAGGUGGCGGGGCAACUAACUAAGAGCUGUAGUCCUUAGAGAAACUUUUUAAGAUGUGUCCUGGUUUAGGAUUUGAUUUCAUUUUUUUUUUUUCGUUUCCAAACAAAAUACUCUUAGCCUAAAAUUGUUAAAUGUAAACGCUUGCUAAUAUGUACUCUUAAUUAGCAAAGAGGGAGAAGAAGAAAAACAU